UGGACGAUCCCCUUAAUCGUUUGCCGCGAUUGCAAACUCGUAGACGAUCGAUUCCGACGCUUUAAAAAAAAACAAAUCAACGUACAACGGCCUCUAGCGGCUGCGGCUUGCGUCCAAUCGGCACGAGGUUGGUGGGGACCGAGAGAGACGGGAGGGGAAGACGAUGGCAGUCCGCCGUGCUCUGCACUUCGUGUUCAAAGUGGGAGACCGAGGAGCGAGCCUCUCCUUUUACCGCCACGUGCUGGGCAUGCAGGUUUUGAGACACGAGGAGUUUAAGGAAGGAUGCAAGGCCACAUGCAAUGGGCCCUAUGAUGGCACGUGGAGCAAGACCAUGAUCGGCUACGGGCCCGAGGACGAUCACUUUGUUGUGGAGCUCACCUACAACUAUGGGAUUGGCACGUACCAGCUCGGCAACGACUUCUUGGGAAUGACCAUCCAGUCCAGCAAGGCGGUGAAGAAUGCAAGGCAGCUUGGCUGGCCGAUGAAGGAGUGCGACGAUGGCACGUUCGAGAUGGAGGCUCCGGGAGGAUACAAGUUCUUCUUGAUUGACAAGGAUGAGCCCAAAACUGAUCCUGUUCAGAAAGUGUCUUUGGGUGUCUCGGAUUUACAAAGAUCUCUUCACUAUUGGGAGGCGUUGUGUGGCAUGAAAUUGUACAAAAAAGAUGAGGGCAAAGCUUUGUUGGGUUUUGCCGACUCCCAGUGUAAGGUGGAGCUGCAGGCCAUUGGCGGCCCAGUGGACCACGCUACCGCAUUUGGGAGGGUCGCCUUCUCGUGCCCCAGAGAGCAGCUGCCGGACAUUCAGAGCCGAAUGCAGGGGGAGCAUCAGAAGGUGAUCACGCCACUCGUGAGCCUAGACACGCCGGGCAAGGCCACAGUGGAGGUGGUCAUCGUUGCCGAUCCGGAUGACCAUGAGAUCUGCUUUGUGGGAGAUGAAGCUUUCCGUGAGCUCUCCAAGCCAGACCCCGGCGGAGAUUCACUCCUCAACCAGGCCAUUGCGGAAGACAAGAGCGGUGAGUGGUACGCCAAGCACAAAAGGCAGAAGCCCACAGCGUGAAGCUAAUUACGUGCUUUCCAAAACAACCUUGAGCCGAUGGCUAAAAUAAAUGCUGUCAUUGUGCAUGCUGCUUGCAAUUAUAACCGCCCAGAGCAAUAUGGCAUUUGGAGCUAUGGCAAUUGUAAUAAAACGCAGCAGGGACCAUUACGUCGUUCGUACACUUACAUUUUUUUUACCUUUUUGGUAUCGUUCGUUUAUUUCACCACCCAGUAUUUAAUUGUGGUACUGCUUUUGAUGGCAUAGCAGCGUGCUUUAAAUCAUAAUUUGGCUCAAUAGUGCAGUGAGGUGUGGUGGCUUUGGGGUUACUGGGAGGGUGUCCUUGUUCUGUUACUUGCGCUUACAAAUGGGCUUUCUCCAGACAUCUUCACUUAAUAUUACCUAAAUAAGUAUGGUGAAAAGAGGGUUGAAAUCCUGCACAGUACAACACCCCAAUCGUGAUCAACACAAAGGGCCGAACGAGCACGCCGAGCUUGCUGUGACACGAAGAGCGUGGGAAACCUGUGGUGUGUGAAAAGCGUUCUGCGCAACCCAACUUGGAGCAGCGUGAAACGUUCACGAGGACAAACGAACAGACUGUGCAUUGUUAAGCAAAACAUUCCCCAAUUGUUUUUAAAAUAGACAUUCAAAAUUCUAUCAAUGCGAAUAUAAUUACUUAUAUCGAAUUUGUUCUGUAAUUGAUAAGUUACGUUUUUGGGAAAUUACAUAUUUUGAGUUGCCGUUUAACGAUGGAUAGCUGUAUAGUCAUUAUAUAUUACUGCCCCUACAGAUUCAAAUAUUGUGUUGCUGGGCACUCACUCGGGUUCAGCUAAAACUAAUUAUGCAGGAAUAUGCCGCGAGAAAAUCGCGUACCGCGUGUUCCACGAACGGCCAAUGCGAGUCAACUUGAGCACUAUAGUUGGUCUGACUUGGUGUUUGGUCUUCUUGGUUCUUUCGGUAAAGUCACGUAGAAUGGAAAUA